CAUAGUUGCAUUUACUACACAAAACUUGAUUGGAAGUAAGAAGGAAAAGAAGUUAAGUGUCUCAUUUUGAUUAAGUCCAUUAUUUAUUAGAAGCUAUAGCAUUUCCAAUCAUGACUUCGUUAGUUCCAUUGGCAACAGAACAGCAAAACUACGUAGCCAUGCAGGAGGCAGUUCGUGAAGAAGGCUUAAAUGUGACACCAGAUGAGAUUUUUCUAUCUACAGUCGGAGGACAUGAUGCCAAGAAUCGUGUUCAUGGUGUUGGAGAUCUCGCACGGAGCCUACCACGAAUGCAUGCAAGUGAGGCAAGACGUGCUAGCACCAGCUCUAUGUGGGACCCUCGAGAUGAUGAGAUCCGGAGGUUGAGAGAAGAGCUAGAUGAAAUUAGAGCUUCCCAAGCGCGUGAAUUAUUGUCGAUUAGAGAAGAGAUGACCCGAAUUUAUGGAGAAAUUUUCCCACGUGGAAAUGGAGAUGGCGGUGGAGAUGGAGGAGGGGCGGGGUUUGCAGGGGCUUGUUGAGUGUUUUAUUAGAAUUGAAGAACAAUAUAUUAAACUUAAGUUUUAUGAUUAUCUAAGUGAGUUUGACAGUUUAGCACAUAUGAGACCAGAGCACAUAUCUCCACAACAACAUAAUAAAAGUCAUCAACUAAGGUCAAGCAAAUAUCUAAGACAAACAUUCCAAAGUAUCAAAAGUUUUCUCUUUAUGCAUUCUUAUCAGUUUGACUCGCUUUGAUUGCAUAGAAAUAGAUCCUGAAAAAACAUAUGUAGUAUGAGCUAAAAAUUCAAUAAGAAAAACUUAUAUCCAACAUAAUUUUCCUCUUUUAGUUUCUAAUUAGUUUAAAGGCAACUUCGAAGCGCAAAUAGCAAAGUAACUAACAUUCCCUUCUCUAGCAGAAUCAUAACAACAUACACCCCUUGCUGAAGAAGCAAUAAAUUGAAAAUCAUCAUACCUCAAAGAAAUAUAAUCCACAUCCCAGCAUUAAAAUAGCCAUCUUCUUAAGAACCUCUAUCAGUCUCCCACUCUUCUCCACAUUCUUAUGAAGGUGGAUGAUGAGCUGUAUGCAUAGGUUAGACCUCAAGGCCUGAAGUGUAACCUAGAUUCUUACUCCAAUGAGAGUUUUCUAGCUCAUUGUCUGAGCCUAGCUUAUUGUUUGAGUUGGAGCAUCCAUGAAAAGUAGAAGUUUGGGUGUUGGCUAUACUUGGCAAUCGGGUCAAUGAGUUUGGUUCCGGUUUGGUUCUUUUCAGUUCGGGUCUCUUUUGAAUAUACACUAGUAUGGUAC